AUGGUUCUUAACCAAUUUUUGAAAACUGGCACCAGCAAUGGUAGCUUGGGAAAAGCGCAUUCUCGCUUGCAAAAGCUCCAAUACGGUGAGUUAGAGAAAGAAGGUGCGGCUUUGCAGAAAUGCUUCACUGUUUCCCCUGGAGAAUCAUAUGACACCCAAGCUAGAGUAAUUCAAUUCUCCGGUUAUCCCCCGUGGUCACCCUGGGAUUUUGUGAAAACUGGUUGGACCAUCGAGCGCAUAGGGUGGAAGGGUGAUCCUCCUGUGGGCGGCCGACCCCAAGGAUGGAACCCAGUGAUGGCCCCGUUGACCCCUUUGCCCUGGUCUAUCCUGCCAGUUGCGAGACAGUUUGGUAUUUCGACAGAGCCGAUCUACAAGACCGUCUCACUGUUCAAGUUAGUCAAGGACAAUGCCGGAAGCGAUUAUAGCGAUUAUAUCAUUCAAGUUGGGCCCGGGGUAAUCGUGUCCCAACUCAGCUCGCGCUUCUUGGGUCCACAUUGGUCUGAUGUUGCGCUUGCAGUCUAUAACCAAUAUGAGACCGCCCCGUUGAAGUAUGUCUUCCGCGUGGAUAUCACGAACGAAGUCGUGGAACGUCUGAUCAGCGAGGAGAUCUAUUCCGUCCAGACUGGCCUCGAGUGGCCCGACUCCAUUCGGCGAGAGUGGAAGGUUGGGACUGGCGAGUAUCAGGCGCUUUUGGGGAGUCCUCUAGGUCGUGGAGUAGUUGCUUUAGUCCUCAGGGGCUAUGAUCGCGGUACGAAGCUUAUUUCAUGCAUCUCCACCUUCUCGGAUGAGCACAAGGUUUCUAUGCAUCUGCUUUUCGUCAUCUCUGAUCCUCGUAAGCCAUCGAUUGAUGGGUCGACCGUCUUUCAAUGGCCUUGCAAUUGUCCACGUCUGACUCGAUAG